AUGUUUGGUAUCUUAAAAUUCCUUGAUAUUUAUUUUCUUAGAAAGAAGAUAGUUCCAAGUUAGCUUUGUUUUACUGGGCUGAUGAGGAACUUACAAUGGUUGCAACAGAACUGGAUAGCUUUGAUGGGAGAGCUGAUCCUGACAGAUGUUCCAUUUUAGUCAGUCAGUUGCGAAUAUGCCAGGAUAAGGUUCUUAGUAUUUGUAAUGAUAUCAUGGAUGAUGCAAUUCCAGAUAUGCGGGCAAAUAGGGAUUUUCGAGCAAAAUUUCCUGAUGAUGUUCUUCAUGAAAAUCUUGCUGGGCAACUUUGGUUUGGAGCAGAGUGUCUUGCAGCUGGUUCCAACAUCAUUCAUAGAGAACUCGAAAGUGCUAGCAUGAGGCCGUUAGCAAAAGCUCUCACUCGAGCUUUAGACAAUGUGCGAUGCCUUCUUCGUGAACAAUCAUUAAAAAAUUCUCUUGCGUAUUCUGACAAGGUACGUGAAGCACUAAGGAUAUUUGACAGAUUAUUUGCAGAAUUUGAGUUAUGUUAUGUGAGUGCCAUGGUUCCUAUCAAGAGUGCUAAAGAGUAUCAUUUGCAACAAGAAAUAGUUGUUUUAUUUUCAGAAACUCUCAUCAGAGCUUUGAAAAUUGGUUUAGUCACGCAAGAAAUGGUUGAUGAUUAUGAUCCAUCUCUUAUGUUCACAAUACCAAGAUUAGCUAUUGUUUGGUAAGUAAAUAAUAUUUACGUAAUAGAGGAUACACUUAUUUUAAGUAAUAAUA